CUACUAUUACUACUGCUGCCACUACUACAGACAAUAUAUAAAUAUGGACAUGUUAAGAAAAGCGUUGAGUGGUCAAGAUCGAGACAAUGAUAGUUCUACUGGAAUUUUGCCUAAUGUUAAUCAAAUGUCAUCAUUAGAAUGGUCUACUCGUAUAAAAGGAUUUAUUGCAUGCUUUGUAAUUGGAAUUUUUUUUUCAUUAUUGGGUGCCACAGCAUUAGUUUUACCUCUACAUAGAAAAAUUGCCGUAUUUGGUAUUUUUUACACACUCGGAAAUAUUACAUCGCUUCUUAGUACUUGUUUUUUAAUGGGGCCAGUAAAACAAAUAAAAAAGAUGUUUUCGUCCUCUAGAAUUGUUGCAACCAUCAUUGCUCUUGCAAUGAUUGUCCUUACAUUAGUUGCUGCAAUUGGCAUGAAAAAUGCCCCAUUAACUUUUCUUUGCAUUAUUUUUCAAUUUCUCGCAUUGACUUGGUACUCCUUGUCUUACAUACCUUACGCAAGAGAUGCCAUUAAAAGCUCGAUGUCUACAAUCAUAGCAUAAUUCAUUGUUCAUUU